AUGUGGCCGGAAGUGACUGAUGAACUCAUGAUCUAUAAGUGCGGAGACUUCCAUCUUUGGAUUUGGAACGAGCAGAGGUGAACCACAUUUACAAACUUAACCAAGCCCCUAAAAAUCGUUGAUCGAUGAAAUAGUUAACACUUGGCGCAAAAAAAAAAAACUUUUGACAAUAUGUAUUCGAGCUUAAGGUUUGGGUAGAACACGAGAAAGUUUGAGUCAUGUUUGACUUGCAAUGAAAUUAGUUUCAAGGCCGCCCGACUGAAAAAAGAACCACAUUUGGUAGAAUGUGAUUUUAAGUCGCAAGAGUUGUUCCAAAGUUACAUCGUCUCCAUGUUUCUGACAGGAAAAUACAAGAGUCAAGUUAUGAUGGACAAUUGCAUCACAUCUGCCUCACCUGGCGAAACAAUGAUGGCGCCUUGCAGUUUUACAGAGAUGGAGCUUUAA